CCAGGUUCUCCGGGGGAACGUCAUCGACUUUGUGGAGGAGGAGCUCAAUAAGUUUCAGGAGGAUCUGCGUAACCCAGAAAUGUUUGAGAGUCCGAGGGGUGUCGAGGAUGAAGGGAUCAGCAGAGAGGCAUUUCGAGAGAUCACAGUGGACUUCCUGAGGAGAAUGAAUCAGGAUGUGCUGGCCGACCUGCUGCAGAGGAGUAGCCCUUCUUCAGUUUGCAAACAGAAACUCAAAUCCAACCUGAAGGAGAAGUUCCAGUGUGUGUUUGAGGGGAUUGCUAAAGCAGGAAACCCAACCCUUCUAAACCAGAUCUACACAGAGCUCUACAUCACAGAGGGAGGGACUGGAGAGGUCAAUGAUGAACACGAGGUCAGACAGAUUGAAACAGCAUCCAGGAAACCACACAGACCAGAAACAACCAUCAGACAAGAAGACAUCUUUAAAGCCUCACCUGGAAGAGAUGAACCAAUCAGAACAGUGAUGACAAAGGGAGUGGCUGGCAUCGGGAAAACAGUCUUAACACAGAAGUUCACUCUGGACUGGGCUGAAGACAAAGCCAACCAGGACAUACAGUUCACAUUUCCAUUCACUUUCAGAGAGCUGAAUGUGCUGAAAGAGAAAAAGUUCAGCUUGGUGGAACUUGUUCAUCACUUCUUUAAUGAAACCAAAGAAGCAGGAAUCUGCAGGUUUGAAGAGUUCCAGGUUGUGUUCAUCUUUGACGGUCUGGAUGAGUGUCGACUUCCUCUGGACUUCCACAACACAAAAAUCCUGACUGACGUUACCAAGUCCACCUCAGUGGAUGUGCUGCUGACAAACCUCAUCAGGGGGAACCUGCUUCCCUCUGCUUGCCUCUGGAUAACCACACGACCUGGAGCAGCCAAUCAGAUCCCUCCUGAGUGUGUUGACAUGGUGACAGAGGUCAGAGGGUUCACUGACCCACAGAAGGAAGAGUACUUCAGGAAGAGGUUCAGAGAUGAGGAUCAAGCCAACAGAAUCAUCUCCCACAUCAAGACAUCCAGAAGCCUCCACAUCAUGUGCCACAUCCCAGUCUUCUGCUGGAUCACUGCUACAGUUCUGGAGGAUGUGCUGAAGACCAGAGAGGGAGGAGAGCUGCCCAAGACCCUGACUGAGAUGUACAUCCACUUCCUGGUGGUUCAGUCCAAACUGAAGAACAUCAAGUAUGAUGGAGGAGCUGAGACAGAUCCACACUGGAGUCCAGAGAGCAGGAAGAUGAUUGAGUCUCUGGGAAAACUGGCUUUUGAGCAGCUGCAGAAAGGAAACCUGAUCUUCUAUGACUCAGACCUGACAGAGUGUGGCAUCGAUAUCAGAGCAGCCUCAGUGUACUCAGGAGUGUUCACACAGAUCUUUAAAGAGGAGAGAGGACUGUACCAGGACAAGGUGUUCUGCUUCAUCCAUCUGAGUGUUCAGGAGUUUCUGGCUGCUCUUCAUGUCCAUCUGACCUUCAUCAACUCUGGAGUCAAUCUGAUGUCAGAAGAGUCUUUGACCUCCCAGGAGUGUGAAACAGGAAAUGGAGAAACUUCAGUGACACACUUCUACCAGAGUGCUGUUGACAAAUCCUUACAGAGUCUGAAUGGACACCUGGACUUGUUCCUCCGCUUCCUCCUGGGCCUUUCAAUGCCAACCAGUCAGACUCUCUUGCGAGGCCUUCUGACAUCGACAGGAGGUUCACAGACCAAUCAGGAAACAGUCGAGUACAUCGAGGAGAAGAUCAGUAAGAAUCUGUCUGCAGAGAAAAGCAUCAAUCUGUUCCACUGUCUGAAUGAACUGAAUGAUCGUUCUCUGGUGGAGCAGGUCCAACAGUACCUGAAUUCAGGAAUUCCCUCCGAAGAUGAAAUGUCUCCUGCUGAGUGGUCAGCUCUGGUCUUCAUCUUACUGUCAUCACAAACCGAUCUGGCCGUGUUUGACCUGAAGAAAUACUCUGCUUCAGAGGAGGAGGAGACUCUUCUGAGGUUGCUGCCUGUGAUCAAAGUCUCCCAGAAAGUUCUGCUGAGUAGCUGUAACCUCUCAGAGAGAAGCUGUGAAGCUCUGUCCUCAGUCCUCAGCUCCAAGUCCUGCAGUCUGAGAGAGCUGGACCUGAACAACAACAACCUGCAGGAUUCAGGAGUGCAGCUGCUUUCUGAUGGACUGGAAAGCUCACAUGGCAGACUGGAAACUCUUAGGCUGAGUCACUGUGGUCUGUCAAAGAAGAGCUGUGAAGCUCUGUCCUCAGUCCUCAGCUCCAAGUCCUGCAGUCUGAGAGAGCUGGACCUGAGUAACAACAACCUGCAGGAUUCAGGAGUGCAGCUGUUGUCUACAACACUACAGAGUCCACACUGCAGACUGGAAACUCUCAGACUGUCAGGCUGUCUGAUCACAGAGAAAGGCUGCAGAUCUCUGGCCUCAGCUCUGACCUCAAACCCCUCCCAUCUGAAGGAGCUGGACCUGAGCUACAAUCAUCCUGGAAUCACAGGAUUAACGCUGUUGACCGGUCUACAGGAUUCACAAUCAAAGCUGGACACUCUCAGGUUGGAGCCUGCUGGAGUCCAGUGGUUGACACCAGGUUUGAUGAAGUAUUCCUGUGAACUCACAAUCGACACCAACACGGUAAACCACAGAAUCCAACUGUCUGACAACAACAGGAAGGGGACACUUGUGGAGGACUCUGUGUUAUAUCCUGAUCAUCCAGACAGAUUUGACUGUCCUCAGCUGCUGUGUAGAGAAGGUCUGACUGGGCGCUGUUACUGGGAGAUUGAGUGGACAGGAGGAGUGGAUAUAUCAGUGAGUUACAGAGGAAUCAGAAGGAAAGGAAACGAUGAGUUUGGAAGAAACGAUCAGUCCUGGAGUCUGAGCUGCUAUGAUAAUGGUCAUGAAGUUGGCUACUCUGUCCUUCACAAUAACAUGGAGACAGAUAUUACCCGCCCCUCUAUCCCCUCACCCUCCACCACGUACAGAGCAGCGGUGUAUUUGGACCACACUGCUGGCUCUCUGUCUUUCUACAGAGUCUCCUCCGACACACUGAUCCACCUCCACACCUUCAACACCACCUUCACUGAACCGCUCUAUCCUGGGUUUAUGUUCUGGCUCAGAUAUGAAGGUUCCUCUGUGUCUCUGUGUCGUCUGUAGAGGGAGAGUCUCCUUCUGUUCACUGCUGAUCAGUAUCACCCCAUUCAAGGCUCUCCAUAACCUCCGUCCCCUCUGUACCUCUCUGAUCUCCUUCAUAGCG